AUGAGUAGAUGGAUCGAAAUAGAAAUAAGAUUUCAAAAGAAGCAAACAAUUGAUAAAAGUGUGCAGGAACAAAUCAAUAAGGAUGGAGAACAUUGGAGACAGGUAUUAUUGAGAAUAAUAUUCGUGGUUAGAACUCUUGCAGAAAAUAAUUUGGCGUUUCGUGGAGAUAAUGAGAAGAUAUACCAAGAAAAUAAUGGUUUGAGUCACAAAGAACAAAUGUCUAUAGUAUUGAGGUGUGUUGAUAUUUCAGCAAGUCCAUUGAAGGUAGAAAAAUUCUUUUUAAGAUUUUUAUUGGUGGAUAAUACAUCUCGAAAGGGACUUUUUCAUGAAUUAGUGAAUGCGUUGAAUAAUCUAGAGCUUGAUAUCGAUAAUGGUGCUAACAUAAGAGGAAAACAUAAAGGGGUACAAAAUAGACUACUACAAGUAAAUCCUAAAGCAUUUUACAGUCCUUGUGGGUGCCAUAGUCUCAAUUUUGCACUUUGUGAUAUUGCUACUUAUUGUACAAAAGCUAAAUCUUUUUUUGGAGUGGUUCAUGUUGAAAGUAUUAGAGCAAUAAGAUUUCAAGCUCCACAAAUAAUAAAUGCUCUACUUGAAUUGGCAAGAGUUGAUGAUCCUAAGAUAAAAAGUGAGACGGAGUUUUUGGCAACAUAUGAAAUAGAGAAUUUUGAAUUCUUACUUGGGAUGGUUAUUUGGUAUGAAGUGUUGAAUAGUGUUAAUAGAGUAAGCAAACAUUUGCAAACAGAUGACAUCCAUAUUGACGUUGCUAUAGACCAUUUAAAAGGGGUCAUUUCAUUUUUCAAAAGCUAUAGAGAAACUGGGUUUGAAUCAAUCGUGAUAGAUGCUAAAGAGAUUGUAAGUGAAUUAGACAUUGAACCGAUAUUUUAUGAAAAAAGAUUUAUACGUAAAAAUAAGCAGUUUGAUGAGAUUUUUUGUGAAGAGAUGAUAGAAACAGUUGAAGAAGCUUUCAAGGUCAAUUAUUUCUUAUAUGUAGUAGAUCAAGCUCUAUCAUCGCUUCAAAAUAGAUUUGAACAAUUUCAGGAAUAUGAUGAUAAUUUUGGAUUUUUAUUUGAUUUGAAAAAGCUUAAGUCCAUUGAUGAUGCUACAUUGAAGUGCCGUUGCAUUAAUUUUGAAAAUUAUUUGAAGCAUAACAGAGACGACAUAAAAGAUUAUCUGACAUCUAAGGGAGUUGAAUGGGAAGAAAGUGCUGAUCUAAUGGAAGUGGCUUCUAAAUGCGACAUGGUUUAUCAAACCGACGAUUUGGAGAGAGAAUCGAUCUUUAUGAUGAAGCACGAGAAAACCGUUGAUGUGGAUGUGGAUGUGGAUGUGGAUGUGGAUGCGGAUCCAAGGGCCAGCUAUUUUAGGCAAGCCAAAAAUGGUCUCUAUAGUCGAAUGGCUCUUUUAAAGCUUUUGCUUAAAGGUUGGUGA